AUGGCUGUCAGGUUAAGUGGAGGACCGUGCGGCUCCCCGCCAGGCGGCCCCGGAGGCCCGCCAGAUGCGCCACCGGGCCCACUGGACCCUCCAGGGCCUCCGUGCGGCCCCCCGGGCCCCUGGCCGCCGGGACGGCUUCCGCCAGGCGGACCACGCUGCGCCAAGGCGGAAGUGGCUGCGAGGAGGAGAAUGCACGCAAGGAAAAGCCUGGCGACAGCCAUGGCUGUGGGUGAUAGGAAAACUAGGGCAGCAGGGCGCACGGGGCGCACAGGGCAGCAGGGCAGCAGGGCGCGCGGGGCGCACAGGGCUGCAGGGCGCGCGGGGCGCACAGGGCAGCAGGGCAGCAGGGCGCACGGGGCGCACAGGGCAGCAGGGCGCGCGGGGCGCAGCAGGGCUGGCGGGUCGGCCACACCCGCCACCCCCAUACCCUCCCCCACUGCUGCACCCGCAGCAGAGAGAUGGGGGGGGGGGCAGGCAGGUGCUGCAGGUCCCCUCCCCCCACUGCCGCAUCCGCUCCAGGGGGAUGGCAGAUCCCCUCCCCCCCACUGCUGCACCCGAGGGAGAGGAGAAAAGGGCGGAGAGGAGGGGGGGGGGGGGGGGGGGGGGGGGCUGGUGCCGCAGAGCCCCUCCCCCCCACUGCUGCACCCGCAGCAGGGGGGAGGUGCUGCAGGUCCCCUCCCCCCACUGCCGCAUCCGCUCCAGGGGGAUGGCAGAUCCCCUCCCCCCCACUGCUGCACCCGCAGCAGGGGGAGGGAGAGGAGAAAAGGGCGGAGAGGAGGGGGUCCAGGGGCGGCUGCUCCAGGGGCCAGGGGCGGCUGCUGA